GGCCUGCAGCCCACCCGCUGGUCCCUCCGGCACUCGCUCUUCCGCAAGGGCUACCAGCUCUUGGACCCUUAUGUCACCGUCAGCGUGGACCAGGUGCGCGUUGGGCAGACCAGCACCAAGCAGAAGACCAACAAGCCUACCUACAACGAGGAGUUCUCUGCCACGGUUACCGACGGCCAUCAGAUUGAGCUGUCUGUCUUCCAUGACACCCCCAUCGGCUACGAUGACUUUGUGGCCAACUGCACCUUGCACUUCCAGGACCUCUUGCGCUCCACGGGCCCCAGCAACAGCUUCGAAGGCUGGGUGGAUUUGGAACCAGAAGGCAAAGUGUUUGUUGUCAUAACUCUCACAGGCAGCUUCACAGAAGGGACCCUCCAGAGGGAUCGAAUUUUUAAGAACCUCACUCGGAAACGCCAGCGGGCAAUGCGAAGGCGAGUGCAUCAGGUGAACGGGCACAAAUUCAUGGCUACCUAUCUGCGACAGCCUACGUACUGCUCACACUGCAAGGAGUUCAUCUGGGGCGUCUUUGGGAAGCAGGGAUACCAGUGCCAAGUAUGCACCUGUGUUGUACACAAGCGCUGCCAUCAUCUAAUUGUUACAGCUUGCACGUGCCAAAACAAUACUAACAAGACCGAUCUCAAGGUGACUGAACAGAGGUUUGGAAUCAACAUUCCUCAUAAGUUCAGCGUCCACAACUACAAAGUCCCGACUUUCUGUGACCACUGCGGUUCCUUGCUCUGGGGACUCAUGCGACAGGGCUUACAGUGUAAAAUCUGUAAAAUGAACGUCCACAUCCGAUGCCAAGCAAACGUUGCGCCAAACUGUGGGGUGAACUCAGCAGAGCUUGCUAAAACCUUGGCAUGCAUGGGUCUGCAACCAGGAAGCAUUUCCCCAAAUUCGAAACUGGUUUCAAGAUCUACUUUGAGACAUCAGGGAAAAGGCAGCCUGAAAGGUGGCAACAACGUUAGUGAAAGCUCAGCGAGCAAACUUGGGAUCAAAGACUUAACCUUCCUUCGUGUAUUGGGAAAGGGCAGUUUUGGAAAGGUGAUGCUUGCCAAGAUGAAAGAGAGUGGGCAGCUCUAUGCAGUGAAGGUGUUGAAGAAGGACGUCAUUCUCCAAGAUGACGAUGUUGAAUGCACCAUGACCGAGAAACGCAUCCUUUCCUUAGCAAGGAACCACCCAUUCCUCACCAAGCUCUACUGUUGCUUCCAGACUCCUGAUCGCCUGUUCUUUGUGAUGGAGUUCGUAAAUGGCGGGGACUUGAUGUUCCAUAUUCAGAAGUCGCGUCGCUUCGAUGAAGAUCGGGCCCGGUUCUAUGCUGCAGAAAUUAUUUCAGCCCUUAUGUUUCUCCAUGAAAGAGGCAUCAUUUAUCGGGACUUGAAGCUGGACAACGUGCUGCUGGACUACGAGGGUCACUGCAAGCUGGCAGACUUUGGGAUGUGCAAAGAGGGCAUUCACAAUGGCAUUACCACAGCCACCUUCUGUGGAACACCAGACUACAUCGCUCCGGAGAUCCUGCAGGAGAUGCUGUAUGGCCCUGACGUAGACUGGUGGGCCAUGGGCGUGCUGCUGUACGAGAUGCUGUGCGGCCACGCGCCCUUCGAGGCGGAGAACGAGGACGACCUCUUUGAGGCCAUUCUGAAUGAUGAAGUCGUCUACCCAACGUGGCUUCAGCAGGAUGCGGUGGCAAUCCUCAAAGCAUUCAUGACGAAGAACCCCAACAUGCGCCUGGGCAGCCUGGGUCUGGGCGGCGAGAGCGCGAUUCUGCGGCACCCCUACUUCAAAGAUCUGGACUGGGACCUGCUGAACCAGCGUCAGAUGGAGCCACCGUUCAGGCCCCGAAUUAAAUCCAAAGAUGACGUGAGCAACUUUGAUCCAGAUUUUAUAAAAGAGGAGCCCGUUCUGACUCCCAUUGAAGAAGGAAUUCUUCCGAUGAUAAACCAAGAUGAAUUUAGAAACUUUUCAUUCACAAGCCCAGAACUGCAGCAAUAGCUACAGCUCUGG